GCGGUGGGGGGGGGGGGGCACGUGUGAGCGGCAGCCUGCCCGGCCGGGUGGCCGCACUGCCCUGUAGACGUCUCUGUUGGCAGCCCGCGUGGCGGAGGGACCGUCACUCAAAAGGCGUGACGUCCCGCCGCCGUGUCGGCUCGCGGUAGUCGGAGCGGCAGUGAGUUCGGAGCGGCUCCCGUCAGACGAGCGCGCGCCGACGCUGGAGGGCUAACGGCGGCACAGCAGCGCGCGCCGGCAGAGCGAGAGAGAGCGAGCCAGCGAGCGAGCGAGCCAGGUAGGAAGGAGGCAAGCGGGACGCGCCGCACGAGGGGCGCGUUUUUAAACAGUAUACCCCAGAUCCCAACAGCCCAACAACGAGCUGAAGGCGAGCGGCGAGCCACACCUCAUGCGUGGGCUCUCUGAGGGUCCGAGCGGCUACGGGUCUGACAAAAAUGGGUGUGCUCCAGCUCCACAACCCCACCCACCCCAGCAUGCUCCUGCAGCGGGCCAAUCAGAUGCGUCUGGCAGGCACGCUGUGUGACGUCAUCAUCACCGUGGACGGCCAGGAGUUCCCGGCGCACCGCACCAUCCUGGCCUGCACCAGCAAAAUGUUCGAGAUCCUGUUCCACCGUAGCAGCCUGCGCUACGCCCUGGACUUCCUAUCCCCAAAAACCUUCCAGCAGAUCCUGGAGUACGCAUAUACCGCCUCCCUCCAGGCCACGGCGGAGGACCUGGAUGACCUGCUGUAUGCUGCCGAGAUCCUGGAGAUCGAAUACUUGGAGGAGCAGUGCCUGAAGGUGUUGGAGACCAUCCAGUCAGAGGAGAACGAGGAGGUGACUGUGAGGAACCAUAGCUUUGCCGACCAUAGUGACCACGGCCGUGCCCGGCACUGGAGACACAUGCUGAUGUCCAAGAAGCAUUCCAUACAGGAUGGAACCACCUGCACCUCCCCUACUGCCCUCCACCAGUUAGCCCUGUACCACAUGACUGACAGGAGGUCUCCUGGUCUGCAGCCCGCAGGGGCGGCUUCUGUGACAAGCCCCAAGCCGGACGGAGAGAUCAACACAGAGAGCAUUAGUCCUCAACAGGCCUGGCAUCAAAGUCCAGGUGUGGCUGAGGCGCCAUCACUGGAUGUCACAAAGGGCAUCAAGUUGGAGAGCAUGCAGGUGGAUGAGGCCAAUGGCUGUGAGGGGAGAUCUUCCAGCAGAGGCCAGGGGAGUUGCGCAUCAGAGCAGCCCAGAGACGAGGGCCCAGGGACUCCGCUCCGAGGCAGCGUUAUCACCAGCGCCCGCGAGUUACACUCAGGCCAGGAAGACGGAGGGCAAACGGUGAACUCUCUCGACAGUUUCCCGGCCAUGGCCGAGAAACAUCUGGCUUCCCUGUACUCGUUUCCCUCCAACCACACGGGAGAGGCGAUGAUUCCUGUGUCUGUCUCGGUGGCCCCAUCCCUGGGCAUGCCCCUAGACCCAAGGGCCUACAGCGGCCUCCUGCACCAGGGCCUGCUCCACAGAGAGCUCCUCAGCCGGCUGGGUCAGUUUGCGGUGGGGAUGAGGCGCGAGGGUCAGGCCCAAAGCCAGCACUGCUGCGGUGAAUGUGGGCUUCAGCUGCACAGCCGACAGGCCAUGGAGCAACACAGGAGGCUGCACAACAGGGAGAAGGGCCAUGGCUGCGAGUACUGUGGCAAGCACUUCCAGGACAGCGUCCGGCUUCGCAUGCACAUGCUGUCUCAUACAGCGCCAGCGGAGGCACUGGUGUGUGAUCAGUGUGGAGCAACUUUCUCCUCAGAGGAUGCCCUGGAAGCCCACAGGCAAACACACACAGGGACUGACAUGGCAGUGUUCUGUCUGCUGUGUGCAAAGCGCUUCCAGACCCAGAAGGCCCUGCAGCAGCACAUGGAGGUGCAUGCAGGCAUGCACAGCUACAUCUGCAGCCACUGUGAGCGCCCCUUCCCCAGCCACACAACACUCAAAAGGCAUUUGAGGUCUCACACGGGUGACCACCCGUUCGAGUGCGAGUUCUGUGGGAGCUGCUUCAGAGACGACGGCACACUACGGGGGCACAAGCGCAUCCACACGGGGGAGAAGCCGUAUGAGUGCAACGGCUGCGGGAAGAGGUUCAGCCUUAAACACCAGCUAGAGACACACUACCGAGUACACACAGGUGAGAAGCCAUUUGAGUGUAAGCUGUGUCACCAGCGGUCCCGGGAUUACUCGGCUAUGAUCAAGCACCUGCGCACGCACAACGGAGCGUCCCCGUACCAGUGUACCAUCUGCCAGGAGUUCUGCCCCAGCCUGGCCGCCAUGCAGAAGCACAUGAAGGGCCACAAACCGGAAGAGGUGCCCCAAGACUGGAGGAUAGAAAAGACUUACCUCUACGUCUGUUACGUCUGAGCGGGACUUGGACACAAAAAAAUGCACAUUCUGACACACCCCCUCCCCCACCCCACCCCCAUACGCACACAGUAUGUACAGACCUACAUACCCGGCACGCGUGGUGAGGGCACAGCGACGUGCACAGCUGCAAACACAUGCUCAUACAUGCACAUGAGAAACUCACAAAACACACACACACACACACACACACACACAUACCGUAGCACACAUACCGUAGCGCACACAUGCACUCAUGCACAUUGUUUUUGAUAUAAGUUGUGUGUCCAGUGGGUCCUCUCUGGUUUAGAUGCAACGCCACAACAGUCUCACAACGGCUGCCCUCUUUGUGAGAACUCGCUAAACCACCGAGCAGCCUCAGUCCUCCCAUGUGGUCGUUGAAGGCUCGAUGCUGAAAACAAGAAAAGGCUCGAACCGGCGGGAAACGAGCAACAGCUCCAACCCCCGGUUUCCUCCGGCUUACCCGUUUUCUCCUGCUGGGCUUCUUUUGGGACUCGUGUGUCCCCCUGCAUGUUUUACUUGAACGGCCGCCAUGUUUUGACCUCACGCUCGAUCUCCAUUACCCGCCUCAUCGUUUCUCGCAGCGGCGCGCUACUUCCGGGCUCGUCGCCUCCCGCAGAAAAGCCGCGUUUCUCUCGCGUCGCGGCAGGUUUUUUUGCCCUUUUAUGUCUCGCGUUUCGUUACCAAAUAAUGUGCUGGUUUUCACCAUCCGGUCUUCGUCUGCUGGGCCUCUUCGCUAGCGGGGUAAAGCUGCAGCGCCUCACGCUUUGUUUCGGCCCUGCUGCGGGAAUCUCCUGUGUUGGCACGCCGUUAGUUCUCGUUUUCUGACGCCCACCCACAGGAUUUCCUUUACACGGCCGGCCGGCGGAGUGUUAUAAAAGCUACUAAAGGCCCCCCCCCUCCCCCGGCAUGGCUUUUACGUGUUUUUUAUUUACCAUUAUCUAUAGCGAAACGUCUUAUAAAUCACAGAAUUGGAAUUUUCUAGGAGACACGGUUGGAUUUUUUGUUUUUUUUUUGUUUUUUUUGUUGUUUUUUACAAAAUAUGUGAAGAAAAUUCUGACAUGGCGUGACCAUGAGCAGGUUACUGUCCGUCGUAGUGUGUCCGUAAUGUACCAACUGUCCCGGUAUCCUGUCCCUCCAUGUGAGCCUGACGCGGGCCUUAUAGAUAUAAAUAUGUUGUAUUUUUGUAUUGCAGUACUUUGCUAUCUGUUUACAUUUGGUAUGAUUUGAGAAGCGUCUCGGUGUGCGUUUUCUACGUCUGGUUCGAGACCCCCCCCUCCCCCCCCUCCCUCUGUGCCUCUUUUCUAAAUAGAGCGUCGAUGUGCUUGAGUACACGGGUCCGUGCUGUUGGUAGUUGUUACUGGUUGUUUGUUGUUACUUAAUUGAAAAAAAAAAGAAGAAAAAAAAAUGGACUGCCAUACACAUCCACUUGUCCGAGCGUUGCAGCUGCAAGCGGCAUACCGUGAUAGCGGUUUUGGGACGCUGACGCGGGUUCGAAACCGUUCCGGUGCACGCAUCCUCUGCAAAAAAAAAAGAAAAAAUGUUUUUUUGUUGACUCGGAACAGAUUUGAGAUCUAUCGAUUCUGCAGAAUUCUGGCGCCGGCGAGGAAUCGGCCCCGUCAGAGAAGCCAAUAACACUCGAUGCCAUGAACCAUCCCCCCUUCCCCCCCACAUUUGCUGUGUGUGUGUGUGUGUGUGUGUGUGUGUCUGUCCCCUGUGAACACGCACUGUAACGCAAACGAAUCUCCCCGGAGUGGACCAAAAGAAAUAGAGCACUUUUGUCUGAGAAGGGUUUUUAGUUUUGAUCUUUCUAUGUCGUGACGAUGCGGGUGUCCUUUUUUUUAAAAAAUUUUUAUUUGGUGUGUUCUAGAAGGGUGCGACUAGCGUUGUUUAGAUAAUGUCAAUGUUUGUCUACCUCAGGACCGGAUCGCGGCUCGACCUGGCGUCCAAUCAGGGUUGUUCUCCUUGCCAUGUGUACAGUAAAGCCCCUCUUCAUUACAGCUUUGUGACAGUGUGUGAACGUGUGUUGUCGGUGUGGAUUCAGGCACAACUCUGUGUGCGUCAGUGUUCUGUAGCAUGGUGGAAAAAAAAAAGAAAAAGAAUAAAACGAUUUGCUAUUUUAUGA